AUGGGAAAAAGGAAGGAGGAGAACAUCCUAUCUAGCAAGUUGCCUCAGAAGGGCCAACCCAACAGAGGUCUCCAUGGAUUUAUGCCCAAAGACAUCAGAAAAGAAGCAGCCCGGGCUUCUAAGAAGAUCUGCUUUGUGUGCAAGAAAAAGGGAGCUGCUAUCAAAUGCCAGAAUGGCCAGUGUGCCAGAAGCUUCCAUCUGCCUUGUGGCCAGGAAAGGGGUUGCCUUUCACAAUUUUUUGGAGAGUACAAAUCAUUUUGUGGAAAACAUCGCCCAACACAGAACAUCCAACAGGGGAGUCUGGGGGAGGAAAGCUGUGUCUUGUGUUGCGAAGACUUAUCCAAAACAAGUGUUGAGAAUAUCCGGAGCCCAUGUUGUAGUCAAGCUAUCUACCACCGAAAGUGUAUCCAGAAAUAUGCCCACACGUCAGCGAAGCACUUCUUCAAGUGCCCCCAGUGCAACAACAGAGAAGAGUUUCCCCGAGAGAUGCUGAGAAUGGGGAUUCACAUUCCAGACAGAGAUGCUGCCUGGGAACUGGAGCCAGGGGCUUUCUCGGAACUGUAUCAGCGCUAUAAGCAUUGUGAUGCUCCCAUCUGUCUGUACCAACAGGGCAGAGACAGCUUUGAGGAUGAAGGGCAGUGGCGCCUCAUUCUGUGUGCUACGUGUGGAUCCCAUGGAACCCACCGAGAGUGCUCCUCAGUGAGACCCAACAGCAAGAAAUGGGAGUGCAGAGAGUGCUUACCUGAUUCAACCAUGGAUUAUGUAUCUGAAGACUCAGCUGACGUCCCCUGCUGCAGCAGUGCCUUCCAGCCCCAGGAGCAUUUCUCCAGGGCCACCGACCUGGAAGAGAAUGCAGGCUCUUCUUGGACUGAGUGGAUCCGACCUUCCCUAUCAGAAAAGCCUGAGUCCUCUGGUGGCAGAAGAAGACGCUCCUGGAGAUCUAAAGGAGUCACUAAGAGCUGCAAAAAGUCCAAGUAAAGCUUCAGAGGAGCUGCUGCCAAGGACUGUGGAGUACCAAACAGCACUGCUGCAUCAGUUCGGAGAGGUAGCACUUGGAAACCAUGGGACAAAGGGGACAGCAGUGAGAUUAGUAGCCAAGAGAAGGGCUCUCAAGGGAGGCUGGGAGCAGAACUGAGUAAGUCUGCAUGCCAACAGCUGAGCAUAAGGGCACCUCUGCUCUUUCUCCCGGUUCUUUUCUCCCUUCACAAAGACUCUUCCGCCCUAGAUGGUUUGCAUGU